AUACCAUGCUAUUGUUUAUUGAUGGAUCACUGGUACUAGUUCCUGUUACAUAACUCAUUUUACUUGUAAAUUUAUCUGUUUCUAGACAAAAUUAAAGGUAAAAUAAGACAAGUUUAGAGCAGAAAAUUGUGUCACAAUUAUCAUUCCAAGUCCGGAUCGAAAAAAUGCUGUGACAAGACUUGAAGAGUUCAGUCGAAUCGUCACAUGACGGGCACCUGUGUUCGAUGUUGCCUUGAGAAGUUGAGUAUUCUGAUCAAGACAGUAAGACAACAGUGAUUUGAUACACUAACUUGUCUAAGUAUUCGUCAAGAUUGGAUUACUUCCCCUGACAAACAACAGGCCAUGUGAGUGAAUGCCCCAAGUCUGUGUCCCUAAAAUCAGAGCCAACUCAGCGUGAACAAUGGCGUCCCCGGGAUUUCUAUCCAAAUGUUGUCUGGCUCACAACGUUUCGCAUUCUAAGGAUUUAGAGGGGAGGACGGUGGGAGAAGUUGUCAACAUUCUCUCUGUCGUGUUCUGUUCCAUUAGUCUGAUUUCUGUCCUGUUUCUUGUCUGGCCGAGGAAGGACGGGAGCUCGGAGGUGUUUCAGAGUAAAAACCGAAUCUUAGUUGGACCGAAUCUCAACAGCAUCAUCAAAAGCCUGGUGUCAGUCAACGUUCUGGCCGUCAUAGGUUUGCUGGUGAGGUCUGCAGUGUGGUUGGCCCACGCCUUCCCUGACACAAAGAAGACCUGUAUGGAUGCCAGCCAUUAUUUCUGUAUUGUCAGCAAUGUGUGGAUCUUGUAUUUUUUCACCUGCAAUCAUUUCUGGCACCUCGUCUAUGCUAUGGAGGCCUAUAUGGUGUCAAACAACAAAGAACUGACCUCUAGUCUUAAAGUGUUUGUGGGGUGGUUUAUCCCUGCUAUUCUAACAGCAUCAGCUGGAGUAGUAGUGUACUAUAAAGGCUUCCAAACAUGUUUUUCUCUGAGCAUUACAAAGUCGGCCAUUGUUUAUCUCCUCUUCCUGUCCCCCGUUGUCAUAGUGAUGCUUGGUAAUCCAAUCAUUUUCUACCAGGCAGGCAAGUCAGCUAAGCGGGCUCUUAUUUGGCACUAUGGACGCUACACCUCCUCAGAAAGAAAACUAGUGGAUGCCAUACAUACCAAGUUUUAUCUGAUUCUCAUCAUUUAUUUCGUUUGUUGGAUACCUAAUCUUGUCAAUGCAGUUCUACUGCUGAGGUCAAAGGCUGCCGCCACAUCAUUUAUACCAGACGACAAGAGCAUCCUGGCUUUCUUUAUACUAAUGGCAGUAUCCAAUCCCCUUCAAGCUCUCUUAGCUGCUUUGGUUUUCUGGGGACUCCCAGCCAAUCAUAGGCUUCGUCUCAACAUCUUCCAGUCAGAUGUGCAGUACAGUGGCUCCAGUGGGAGUGCCAUUAUCAAUCGGUCCGGGCGAUCUGGACGCAGCACGGGAAGUGAAACGGAACCCCUCAUCAGCUUCAGACAGAAGUCUUCUCUAUAAUGCCGACUUACAAAUGACGUUACACAUAAAACUGUCCAUUAAAAGGAUAAAAGUCAUUUACUAAAUCUCUUAAACUGCAGGCCCAAGAGAAAACUCACUGCCACAUUUCAGUACAAAGACCAAUUAAUUAAAUUAUGAUAUUUAACACUAGACUGUUUAAGACUGUCACAAUGGCAAAAAGUAUGUACUAACAGCUGGUGAUUAUUCCAGGGGCACUUGAUAUCUGGAUCUGUGCCACUGUUCCAUAAAUAUAUGUUACAUGUAAAUGUAUUGAGGUCUUCAAAUGAACAUUGUGGUGUAUCAUUUUACUGUAUGGUACACUUAAUGUUGUAUUAGAUGAUUACAGAUAUGCUGGUUGGCUUUACAGCAGGAAUCAUUACAUUUUAUUCAAUCAUUGCUCAGCUUUAUUGGGAUCUGUGUUGUAAUACAUGUACCGGUACAUGUGUAUUUGCUUUCAUAAUGUACCAUGUGUUAUCUUUUUAAAGAUAUUACAAGUAAAGGAAAAAUAAUAGUUAUAAACAAAUGAGUAUCUUAGAUGAAUUCCAAAUCUAGUAACUGUAGUUAUUUAAAAAGUGAAAAAAAAUAAGCAUGCUAGUGGUAAUCCUUUGCAAGUCCAGAAUGCUGCAACGGAAUUUCACUGUGCAUCUCUGAAAUAAAACCCACCAUGUUUAAGACAUGAGUGGAGAACCAGACAAAAUCUAGAGAUCUUAUUAUGUGUAUUUACAAGUGUGGAUCUGACAUUUUUGCAUUGAACUUUUCAAGUGUGAAAUUCUCAAGUAUUUAUUUCAAAUGUAUGAUCUAGAAUUUAUUACAUGUGCAAUGGCCAAAAAAAGACAAGAUUUGUCAACAAAAAUAUUUGUACUAUUUAUUAAUGUACUUUUUUAUGUAAUUUGUGCAUUGUUACUUAAAUUUGAAUAAAAUACAGUCAUAAAAGGA